AUGUCCGACUACAGGUACGGCACGCAGUCAGAUGCGUAUGCCGCUGAGCAUGACCACCCCGUUCUUCGCAACGGCGUGUCUGACAAAGAGACCAAGUUGCGCAACACCUACUCUGGAUCUGGAGAUGAUGUCGCUCCCGCCGAUGCCGAUAACCUCCUGGCUGCCAUGGGCUACAAGUCCGAGUUGAUUCGGUCAAGAUCUACUCUCCAGGUCGCCUUCAUGUCCUUCGUCCUCGCUUCUGUUCCCUAUGGUUUGGCAACAACCCUCUACUACCCAGUCGUUGGUGGAGGUCCUACCAACAUCAUCUGGGGAUGGCUCGCUGUAUCCCUCAUCAUUCUCGCAGUCGCCGCAUCUCUCGGUGAGAUCACCAGUGUCUACCCGACUUCCGGUGGUGUCUACUAUCAAACCUUCAUGAUCACGCCGCCCGCCUAUAGGAAAAUCGCCUCGUGGAUCUGUGGAUGGUGUUUCGUAGUUGGCAACAUUACCAUUACUCUCUCCGUCAACUUUGCUACCGCGCUCUUCCUUGUGGCAUGCGUCAAUGUCUACGAAAGCGAACCUGGUGUUGGUAUCAUGGAAGGAUCAGCUUACCAGGUCUUCCUCAUCUUCCUUGGCAUCACACUUCUUUGCAACGCUGUGUCUGCCUUUGGAAACAAGUACCUACCAUGGUUGGAUACUUUUGCCAUCUUCUGGACCUUUGCUGGUGUGAUUGCCAUUAUCGUGUGCAUCCUUGCCAUUGCGAAGAAUGGACGCCACAGCGCCGAAUACGUCUUUACUGAAUUCGACCCCUCCAACUCCGGAUGGAUUCCAGGAUGGUCUUUCAUGGUCGGACUACUGCACGCAGCCUACGCGACUUCAUCGACCGGAAUGAUCAUCUCUAUGUGCGAAGAGGUCCGUGAACCUGCCACUCAGGUCCCCAAGGCCAUGGUCGCUACCGUUGCCUUGAACACCAUCGCUGGCCUGGUCUUCCUCAUUCCCCUAGUCUUCGUUCUUCCCGACCAAGCCAUGCUCGCAGGUCUGCUUUCCGGUCAGCCUACCCCCGUCAUCAUCAGGGAGGCUGUAGGCUCCCCUGGUGGUGCCAUCGGUCUCCUCAUCCCCCUCCUGGUUCUCGGUUUCCUCUGUGGUAUCGGAUGCACCACCGCUGCGUCCCGCGCUACCUGGGCCUUCUCCCGUGACGGUGCUAUUCCUGGCUACAAGCUAUGGAGGACUGUCAAUACCAACCUUGAUGUCCCGCUUAACGCCAUGAUGCUCAGUAUGGUUGUUCAGAUCGCUCUUGGUCUCAUCUACUUCGGUGCCGCCGCUGCUUUCAACGCCUUCUCUGGUGUCGGUGUUAUUUGCUUGACCCUGAGUUACGCUGCUCCCAUCUUCGUCUCGCUCAUCACCGGCCGCAAGCAAGUCAAGGACGGCGCGUUCCACCUCGGAAUGCUCGGUACCUUCUGCAACAUCGUUGCGCUUGCCUGGUCCGCACUCGCCACUCCUCUUUUCUGCAUGCCCACUUUCCGCGAGGUCACACCAGCGUCGAUGAACUACGCCUCCGUCGUCCUUGCCGCUGUCGUCGUGGUCUCAACCAUCUGGUACUUUGUCUGGGGAAAGAAGAACUACGAGGGACCUCCCACCCAUGAGGACGCUAUUCUCGAGGCAAGGAGAGCCAGCAUGGCAAGUCGCUAA